UUUUGUGAGUAGAUUACUAGUGUCGAAUUACACAUUGCAAGUCACAUCAAAUGAUUAAACAUUCACUCAUUAUCACUACUUACAUUUCACUUUAUCUUUUCAACUGUUAUCACACACAAACAAAUGCGACAAAUGCUUCUACAGUGUUAUCCUCGUGUGAAGCAUGUCCAACUUGUAAUGCAAAUAUGCGAUGUAACUAUUCACAUUGGAUCAGUCAAUUGGGACAACCUGAGCAGCUUAUUGAAAAAUAUAUUCCAAAAUCGAUGAGAACUGAAUCAAGUUGUUUCAAUGAAUGCAUAUCUGAUCCUUCGUGUAAUUUAUUCACAUAUGAAGUUAUGACAGCGGACAGGUGCAAUCUGUAUUCUGGGCCUAUUGGAAACUUUACCAUGAGCAUCAAUUCAAGCAACAUCAUGACAGGAAGAAGAGUGUGUUGUAGUAAGUUCAAACCAUGUUUACAGUGAUAAUGAUGAGUAUUUCGAAUAUUAAUAAUUGUAGUCAGUGUAACUAUUUUCAUGUCAUUAAGUGUACGCGUAUUGUUCACUCUGUAAACUGCAACAGUGCACACCUUAUAGCAAUAUGCAGUUAUCAUUGAGGAAGGCAAAGUUUAAAGAUAAUUUAGGUCGAUGGAUGUGAGCUGAUUACGUAAAGUUUUUGGUCAAUCGUUCAUGCAACAGUUGAUGGUAAGUGCGGUUUCGAGGUGAAAGAAUUUCUGUAACAGAGUCUACUCGAGAUCUGAGUAGGUGUGUGUAUGUGUUUGUGAUUGAAAUACAGACUGAAAAGCUUGAAUACAUCUAAUUGAUCGGAUAAAGUAAGAGUUAUUUUAUUGUGAGAACAUAUUCCAGUUCGUAUUGCGAUUCGUCUAAUAUUCACC